AUGCAACUGUUUGUUCUAUUUCUGCUGGCGGCUAGCAGCGCAGCCUUUACUCUCUUUGGGCCUCACAUUCGCAUAAGUCCUGGCCAACAACCCAAUGAGAUUAUUUUGCAUUUUCGUAAUCCUUGCAAUAACAAAACUAGCUCAACAACACUGAGGCCACCACCACCGCCAUGUAAAUAUCAUCCAACCACGCCAGCCUGUGAGCACCGCAUCACCAGCCCUGCUCCAACAAAGUGUGGCCACCAAACGACAACACCAAAGGAUUGUGGCCACGAAACAACUACGCCGCACAAUUGCGACCACGAAACAACAACUCCACAUAACUGCGGCCAUGAAACAACAUCAACCAGAGCAACAACUUUGAAGCCAACAUUUCAAACAACAAUAAGCACUAAAGAAACAACAACUCAAAAGACAACUCCAAAAUCUACUGAGUCAACCACACCCAAGACGACAAAGCCUACUACAGUAAAGACUACGGAAUCUACAACUCCAAAGACCACCAAGACUACCACAGAAAAGACCACAGAGUCUACAACUCCAAAGACUACUAAGCAGACAACUCCAAAGUCUACUGAGUCAACCACACCCAAGACGACAAAGCCUACUACAGUAAAGACUACUGAAUCCACAACUCCAAAGACCACCAAGACUACCACAGAAAAGACCACAGAGUCUACAACUCCAAAGACUACUAAGCAGACAACUCCAAAGUCUACUGAGUCAACCACACCCAAGACGACAAAGCCUACUACAGUAAAGACUACGGAAUCUACAACUCCAAAGACCACCAAGACUACCACAGAAAAGACCACUAAGCAGACAACUCCAAAGUCUACUGAGUCAACCACACCCAAGACGACAAAGCCUACUACACUAAAGACUACUGAAUCCACAACUCCAAAGACCACCAAGACUACCACAGAAAAGACCACAGAGUCUACAACUCCAAAGACUACUAAGCAGACAACUCCAAAGUCUACUGAGUCAACCACACCCAAGACGACAAAGCCUACUACAGUAAAGACUACGGAAUCUACAACUCCAAAGACCACCAAGACUACCACAGAAAAGACCACAGAAAAGACCACGGAAUCUACAACUCCAAAGACCACCAAGACUACCACAGAAAAGACCACUAAGCAGACAACUCCAAAGUCUACUGAGUCAACCACACCCAAGACGACAAAGCCUACUACAAUAAAGACUACUGAAUCCACAACUCCAAAGACCACCAAGACUACCACAGAAAAGACCACAGAAAAGACCACGGAAUCUACAACUCCAAAGACCACCAAGACUACCACAGAAAAGACCACAGAGUCUACAACUCCAAAGACCACUAAGCAGACAACUCCAAAGUCUACUGAGUCAACCACACCUAAGACGACAAAGCCUACUACAGUAAAGACUACGGAAUCUACAACUCCAAAGACCACCAAGACUACCACAGAAAAGACCACUAAGCAGACAACUCCAAAGUCUACUGAGUCAACCACACCUAAGACGACAAAGCCUACUACAGUAAAGACUACGGAAUCUACAACUCCAAAGACCACCAAGACUACCACAGAAAAGACCACUAAGCAGACAACUCCAAAGUCUACUGAGUCAACCACACCCAAGACGACAAAGCCUACUACAGUAAAGACUACUGAAUCCACAACUCCAAAGACCACCAAGACUACCACAGAAAAGACCACAGAAAAGACCACGGAAUCUACAACUCCAAAGACCACCAAGACUACCACAGAAAAGACCACUAAGCAGACAACUCCAAAGUCUACUGAGUCAACCACACCCAAGACGACAAAGCCUACUACAGUAAAGACUACUGAAUCCACAACUCCAAAGACCACCAAGACUACCACAGAAAAGACCACGGAAUCUACAACUCCAAAGACCACCAAGACUACCACAGAAAAGACCACUAAGCAGACAACUCCAAAGUCUACUGAGUCAACCACACCCAAGACGACAAAGCCUACUACAGUAAAGACUACUGAAUCCACAACUCCAAAGACCACCAAGACUACCACAGAAAAGACCACAGAAAAGACCACGGAAUCUACAACUCCAAAGACCACCAAGACUACCACAGAAAAGACCACUAAGCAGACAACUCCAAAGUCUACUGAGUCAACCACACCUAAGACGACAAAACCUACUACAGUAAAGACUACGGAAUCUACAACUCCAAAGACCACCAAGACUACCACAGAAAAGACCACAGAAAAGACCACGGAAUCUACAACUCCAAAGACCACCAAGACUACCACAGAAAAGACCACAGAGUCUACAACUCCAAAGACUACUAAACAAACAACUCCAAAGUCUACUGAGUCAACCACACCCAAGACGACAAAUCCUACUACAGUAAAGACUACUGAAUCCACAACUCCAAAGACCACCAAGACUACUACAGUAAAGACUACGGAAUCUACAACUCCAAAGACCACCAAGACUACCACAGAAAAGACCACUAAGCAGACAACUCCAAAGUCUACUGAGUCAACCACACCUAAGACGACAAAACCUACUACAGUAAAGACUACGGAAUCUACAACUCCAAAGACCACCAAGACUACCACAGAAAAGACCACAGAAAAGACCACGGAAUCUACAACUCCAAAGACCACCAAGACUACCACAGAAAAGACCACAGAGUCUACAACUCCAAAGACUACUAAACAAACAACUCCAAAGUCUACUGAGUCAACCACACCCAAGACGACAAAUCCUACUACAGUAAAGACUACUGAAUCCACAACUCCAAAGACCACCAAGACUACCACAGAAAAGACCACGGAAUCUACAACUCCAAAGACCACCAAGACUACCACAGAAAAGACCACUAAGCAGACAACUCCAAAGUCUACUGAGUCAACCACACCUAAGACGACAAAACCUACUACAGCAAAGACUACGGAAUCUACAACUCCAAAGACCACCAAGACUACCACAGAAAAGACCACUAAGCAGACAACUCCAAAGUCUACUGAGUCAACCACACCUAAGACGACAAAGCCUACUACAGUAAAGACUACGGAAUCUACAACUCCAAAGACCACCAAGACUACCACAGAAAAGACCACUAAGCAGACAACUCCAAAGUCUACUGAGUCAACCACACCUAAGACGACAAAACCUACUACAGCAAAGACUACGGAAUCUACAACUCCAAAGACCACCAAGACUACCACAGAAAAGACCACUAAGCAGACAACUCCAAAGUCUACUGAGUCAACCACACCUAAGACGACAAAGCCUACUACAGUAAAGACCACGGAAUCUACAACUCCAAAGACCACCAAGACUACCACAGAAAAGACCACAAAAUCUACAACUCCAAAGACCACCAAGACUACCACAGAAAAGACCACUAAGCAGACAACUCCAAAGUCUACUGAGUCAACCACACCUAAGACGACAAAACCUACUACAGUAAAGACUACGGAAUCUACAACUCCAAAGACCACCAAGACUACCACAGAAAAGACCACAGAAAAGACCACGGAAUCUACAACUCCAAAGACCACCAAGACUACCACAGAAAAGACCACUAAGCAGACAACUCCAAAGUCUACUGAGUCAACCACACCUAAGACGACAAAGCCUACUACAGUAAAGACUACGGAAUCUACAACUCCAAAGCCCACCAAGACUACCACAGAAAAGACCACGCAAUCUACAACUCCAAAGACCACCAAGACUACCACAGAAAAGACCACUAAGCAGACAACUCCAAAGUCUACUGAGUCAACCACACCUAAGACGACAAAACCUACUACAGUAAAGACUACGGAAUCUACAACUCCAAAGACCACCAAGACUACCACAGAAAAGACCACAGUAAAGACUACGGAAUCUACAACUCCAAAGACCACCAAGACUACCACAGAAAAGACCACUAAGCAGACAACUCCAAAGUCUACUGAGUCAACCACACCUAAGACGACAAAGCCUACUACAGUAAAGACUACGGAAUCUACAACUCCGAAGACCACCAAGACUACCACAGAAAAGACCACUAAGCAGACAACUCCAAAGUCUACUGAGUCAACCACACCUAAGACGACAAAACCUACUACAGUAAAGACUACGGAAUCUACAACUCCGAAGACCACCAAGACUACCACAGAAAAGACCACUAAGCAGACAACUCCAAAGUCUACUGAGUCAACCACACCUAAGACGACAAAACCUACUACAGUAAAGACUACGGAAUCUACAACUCCGAAGACCACCAAGACUACCACAGAAAAGACCACUAAGCAGACAACUCCAAAGUCUACUGAGUCAACCACACCUAAGACGACAAAGCCUACUACAGUAAAGACUACGGAAUCUACAACUCCAAAGACCACCAAGACUACCACAGAAAAGACCACAGAAAAGACCACGCAAUCUACAACUCCAAAGACCACCAAGACUACCACAGAAAAGACCACUAAGCAGACAACUCCAAAGUCUACUGAGUCAACCACACCUAAGACGACAAAACCUACUACAGUAAAGACUACGGAAUCUACAACUCCAAAGACCACCAAGACUACCACAGAAAAGACUACUAAGCAGACAACUCCAAAGUCUACUGAGUCAACCACACCUAAGACGACAAAGCCUACUACAGUAAAGACUACGGAAUCUACAACUCCAAAGACCACCAAGACUACCACAGAAAAGACCACAGAAAAGACCACGGAAUCUACAACUCCAAAGACCACCAAGACUACCACAGAAAAGACCACUAAGCAGACAACUCCAAAGUCUACUGAGUCAACCACACCUAAGACGACAAAACCUACUACAGUAAAGACUACGGAAUCUACAACUCCAAAGACCACCAAGACUACCACAGAAAAGACCACUAAGCAGACAACUCCAAAGUCUACUGAGUCAACCACACCUAAGACGACAAAACCUACUACAGUAAAGACUACGGAAUCUACAACUCCAAAGACCACCAAGACUACCACAGAAAAGACCACUAAGCAGACAACUCCAAAGUCUACUGAGUCAACCACACCUAAGACGACAAAACCUACUACAGUAAAGACUACGGAAUCUACAACUCCAAAGACCACCAAUACUACCACAGAAAAGACCACUAAGCAGACAACUCCAAAGUCUACUGAGUCAACCACACCUAAGACGACAAAGCCUACUACAGUAAAGACUACGGAAUCUACAACUCCAAAGACCACCAAGACUACCACAGAAAAGACCACAGAAAAGACCACGGAAUCUACAACUCCAAAGACCACCAAGACUACCACAGAAAAGACCACUAAGCAGACAACUCCAAAGUCUACUGAGUCAACCACACCUAAGACGACAAAACCUACUACAGUAAAGACUACGGAAUCUACAACUCCAAAGACCACCAAGACUACCACAGAAAAGACCACUAAGCAGACAACUCCAAAGUCUACUGAAUCCACAACUCCAAAGACCACCAAGACUACCACAGAAAAGACAACGGAAUCUACAACUCCAAAGACCACCAAGACUACCACAGAAAAGACCACUAAGCAGACAACUCCAAAGUCUACUGAGUCAACCACACCUAAGACGACAAAACCUACUACAGUAAAGACUACGGAAUCUACAACUCCAAAGACCACCAAUACUACCACAGAAAAGACCACUAAGCAGACAACUCCAAAGUCUACUGAGUCAACCACACCUAAGACGACAAAACCUACUACAGUAAAGACUACGGAAUCUACAACUCCAAAGACCACCAAGACUACCACAGAAAAGACCACUAAGCAGUCAACUCCAAAGUCUACUGAGUCAACCACACCUAAGACGACAAAACCUACUACAGUAAAGACUACGGAAUCUACAACUCCAAAGACCACCAAGACUACCACAGAAAAGACCACUAAGCAGACAACUCCAAAGUCUACUGAGUCAACCACACCUAAGACGACAAAGCCUACUACAGUAAAGACUACGGAAUCUACAACUCCAAAGACCACCAAGACUACCACAGAAAAGACCACAGAAAAGACCACGGAAUCUACAACUCCAAAGACCACCAAGACUACCACAGAAAAGACCACUAAGCAGACAACUCCAAAGUCUACUGAGUCAACCACACCCAAGACGACAAAGCCUACGACAGUAAAGACUACGGAAUCUACAACUCCAAAGACCACCAAGACUACCACAGAAAAGACCACUAAGCAGACAACUCCAAAGUCUACUGAGUCAACCACACCUAAGACGACAAAACCUACUACAGUAAAGACUACGGAAUCUACAACUCCAAAGACCACCAAGACUACCACAGAAAAGACCACUAAGCAGACAACUCCAAAGUCUACUGAGUCAACCACACCUAAGACGACAAAACCUACUACAGUAAAGACUACGGAAUCUACAACUCCAAAGACCACCAAGACUACCACAGAAAAGACCACAAAGCAGACAACUCCAAAGUCUACUGAGUCAACCACACCUAAGACGACAAAACCUACUACAGUAAAGACUACGGAAUCUACAACUCCAAAGACCACCAAGACUACCACAGAAAAGACCACUAAGCAGACAACUCCAAAGUCUACUGAGUCAACCACACCUAAGACGACAAAGCCUACUACAGUAAAGACUACGGAAUCUACAACUCCAAAGACCACCAAGACUACCACAGAAAAGACCACUAAGCAGACAACUCCAAAGUCUACUGAGUCAACCACACCUAAGACGACAAAACCUACUACAGUAAAGACUACGGAAUCUACAACUCCAAAGACCACCAAGACUACCACAGAAAAGACCACAGAAAAGACCACGGAAUCUACAACUCCAAAGACCACCAAGACUACCACAGAAAAGACCACUAAGCAGACAACUCCAAAGUCUAGCACGUCGGGAUCUACGAAAUCUUCAUCCACAACGGCGGCAGCUGAGACUACUUCAUCGUCUUUACCUCCAUUCAACAUUUUUGAAGUCGAGACAUCCACUGUGGAAAAUGACGAAUCCGAUUGAAAUGAUUAUUAAUCUGUAAAUGACAUAAAUAUUUAUAGUUCGAGUUUUCUUUUAAUGAUAUUGUAAUGGUAUUGUAAUGUAUUAAGAUUUGUAAAAUACUAAACUAAAAAAAAUAUAUCUGUCUUAUUAAAAUAA